AUGGUUGGAAAAAUGCCAAUUUCAACUAGUACAAUUGUUCCAAAGAACAACAAUAAGAAGAAACAAAAAAAUUCAACAUCGUCAAAUAAUGAAAUGCAUUUGAAAAAUUUUCGAAAGACACAAGCUUGUGAUAGAUGUCGUUUGAAAAAAGUCAAAUGUGAUGGUUUAAAACCAUCAUGUUCAAAUUGUGCAAAAGUUAAUUUUGAAUGUACUCGUGGUGAUAAAUUAGCUAGAAGAGGUAUUCCAAAAGGUUAUACAGAAUCUCUUGAACAAGAAGUUGUAAGAUUACAACAAUUAUUAUCUUCACAACAACAAACUACGAAGACUUUUGAUCACAAUUUGCAAAAUUCAAAAGAAAACAAUGAAUUAGCUUUAUCAUUUAUUAAUGAUAAUUUUCAUAAAUUUGAAAACUAUUCUGUUAAAGUUGAUGAUAAUAGACAAACCUUUUUAGGUCAUAGAACUUGGAAUAAAAUUUUUCAUAUUGAUAAUGAUAUACUAAAUACAGAGAAUGAAACUCAUAAAUUUGAUGAUUUUGAACCAAUUUUAAUGACUUUAAUGAAACAACAAUUAAAAUUGAAUGGAAAUAAUUAUGUUUUCCCACAAUUUUUAAUUAAUCAAUAUCGAAAUGAUACUUAUAUAAUUAAAUCUCAAUUGAUUCAAGCUGUAAGACAAUUUUUCCUGUCUAUUAAUUCGCUUAUUCCAAUAUUAUAUCCUUUUGAUAUAUUAGAAACUUCUUUAAUUGAUAUGAUUGUAACAGCUAGUCAACAAACUGAUCAAUUAGAAAUUAAUACAACAAAACCACCACUAUUAAAUUUAUUAAUUUUACAGUAUAUUAUUCAAAUGAAUUGGAAUUGUUAUGAUAAUAUGAUUUUAUAUCAAUUGACAAAAUUAAUUCUUAAUGCAAAUGUUUCAGAUAUUAAUACUGUACAAUGUCUUAACCUUACAAUUUAUUAUUUUAUGGGAUAUUGUCCUACCUUAAAUACACCAUUACAACAAGCCAUUGUAAUAGAUUUAAUUAAUAUGAAUUAUUCAAAAUGUCUUUCAAUGGCUUUGUAUAUUAAUCCAAAAAAUUUACAUGAAGUACCAAAAGGUAAUAUACGGCAUUUAAAGAAGCAAAAUAUAAAUAAUGAUGAGAAUGAUUCAAUUUAUAAUGUUACAUUUUGGUGUUUCCAAUUUUUAAGCUCUUGGUGGUCAUUGAUUCAAGGUUUACCAAAAGUUAAUUUCUUAAUAGAUGAAUUUCAACCAAAGGAACUAAAGAUUCCUAUCUUGAAAUCUUUUUCAUUAUUAGUAGAUUUGGUUGUAAAAUCUUUAGAUGGUACAAAUUUACAAUUAAUAUUAGAAUCGACUGAACGUUCGAAAUUGGUAUUAACAAUUGAAAAUUUUAGAAACCAAUUAACAAAUUAUAAAUUAUAUCAUAAUUAUUUUGAUCACGAUCAAAAUGAUCAAGAAUUAUUAUCUAAUAAUAUCUCCACAAAUAAACAAUUAAUGUUAGAAAAAUCAGAAUUUAUUGAAAUUAACUUAACUUUGUUUUAUUUAGUAUUAACUUUGAUUGCAGAAUUAGAACCAGGGAAAAGUCUAUAUAAAGAUAACAGAAACAACAUUAAUAGUAAAGAGAAUAAUAAUAACAUGGCUAGCUCUAAAAAUUUACAAGGAAAAAAUGAUUCGAUAGAAGAAGUAUGUUAUGAAAUAUUGACAUUAUAUUACUUAUUGAUAUUACAUUUCAAUUCUUUGAACAAUAAUUCUGGAAAUAUAUCACAUCAACCAUUAAAAUUUAAUUUAUUCCACUUUUUACCAAUUUCUAAUGUCGAUCUAAUUAAUACUUGUGAAAGCAUACUAUGUGAUUGGUCGGAUAGAAUGUCACAAAUGAUGGUCCCUGGGUCGGAUGAUGUAACUAAUAAGAAGAUUUUGAAAAAUCAAUAUUAUUGGAAAUUUAAUAAAUUUAAACAAUUUUUAAUUAAAUGGUCUUUAUUAUGGUAUCAAAGUGAUAUAAUGACAUUAGAGAAACAACCUUUUAUAAAAUCUUUUAAUAUUGAUCUUUCGAUAUUUAAAGUCAAUGAACAUUUCCAAGUGGCAACAACUCCAACUAUGUAUUUAAAACAAAUAUCUGAUUUUAAUGAUUCGAAUUUUAAUUUAACUUAUAAUAAUUCAUUGAUCAGAACCAAUUCAAAAGUAAUAAUGGAACAAUUUAACAUGUUUACUGGAUCAAAUAACAAUAAUAAUAAUGGUGCCGGGACUGUUAGUAAUAGUCGAAAUUUAUCAACAUUAUUUAAAUCUCUUACAACUCCAAAACUAGAAGAAAUUAAUAGUAAUUUAUUCUUACCCACAGCAACAACAAAUGACACAGGUACUCAAGCCCAACAGGAUUUUGUAAUAAAUGAUCCAAAUCAGCCAAAUCCUUUGUAUCUAUUAUCACCAUUAUUGGUUGGUAGUCAUGAAGACACAGACGAUGGAUAUGCUGAAGAUGAUGAUGAAGGAUCUUGUGAUAAUAUGGAACCUCUAGAGAUUCCCUUUAAGACUAAAAGACGCACAGCAUCAUUAUUCCAGCAUCAUCAACAUCAGGUUGCUCCUCCAACUCAACAGCAACACAAUUAUGUUCAAAAUGAAAAUACAAAACCAAAUCAGCUUAAUGUCAAGAGUUUACUAUCUCCUAUUGCUGCUGGAUCCUCUACUUCAUUGAAUGCAGAUGUAGGAAUAGAUCUUCCUUUGAACACAUCAAAUACUCAAAAGAAACGUAAGAUUGAUCAAACUGGGUAUUUAUUUUAUCCUCGUGGAGAAGAUGAAAAUGGGAUACUCUCUCAACAACAGUCACCUACAUUGCCAUUACCUCGUACUAAUUCUAUAUUAAGUUCAAGAGUAAUGCCACCGCCUUUCCCUGGAACAAGUAUAACGAGUAUAUCACAAUUACUCAUUCCAUCAGAUGGAGGUAACAGUCAAACAAAUAAUAAUUCCACUAAGAAUAUCUCUGGUUUACCAAGAUUGACAGAAGUAGAAACACCCAAGAAUUUUGUUAAUAUGUUACUCUUACCAUCGAGUCUAUCAGCUUCUACAACGGCAGUAAAUGAGCAAGAAUCUUUGAAGGAUGGAAAUGAUAAAAAAAGAAAAUAA